AUGACAGACGCGUAUGCUGAUCAUCAGCCGGCUCCUCUCGCCCUCUACGCUGGCCCACCACCACCCACCUUCGCGACCGCCUCGCCUCCACUCGAACCCACCGUUGAGGACGAAGAGUCAUCCACGAUAAAAUGCAUCUGCGGAUACUCAGAUGACGACGGCAACACAGUCUUGUGCGAGAAGUGCGAUACGUGGCAGCACAUCGUGUGUUACUACGAGUCUGCCCAACACGUCCCCGACGUACACGAGUGCGCCGACUGCCUUCCCAGAGCUAUCGACGCAAAAAGCGCUUCCGAGAAGCAACGCAUCCGAAGGGAAGUACACAGCAUCGGCGAGCGCAAGGGCAGACCGAAAGCCUCCGCCAAGAACCCCAAGAAGCGAAACAAGGACGCCCAUGGCCCUGGACAACCCAAUGGGUGGCCAGUGCAAACCAAUGGGGACCUGCACUAUACCCCCGACCGCAAAAGUGGUAGCCCACGAGAUCAGCCACCGCCAAAUAAGCGUCCAAAGACAAACCAUCGUCCAUCGGGUUCUGUAGGCGUCGUUAGUCAAGCGCCAGCUCUCGUGCCAACAUCACGGAAACGAGGCGCUUCAGUUAUGCUCAAUGGCCACAGUCCUAUGAAGUCACCCACUAACCCAGAGGCUUCUACCGAGGAUUACUCAACCGAGUUCAUACAUCUCUAUCGGCAACAAGAACCACCCUCCGCUGAGUCCAACUCUUACACCCGAAUCGAUGUCGCAAACGACAUUGCUAUGUGGCUACAAGACCCCGAAGCACUGGCCGAAGCAAGCGGAGGCAAGAAGCCACAGGACAUCUUCUCACGCAUUGACAUGACCAUCCAGGAACUCGAAACAACAACUGCGCCAGAGAUUGUGAAACAGACAGAUGUCGACUCGGGUGUACUAGCGCAUGGUCUGCACCCACAAUGGCACUUCAUUACCGCCGAGACUCCGGUACCAGAUGGUGGCUAUGUUGGAGAGCUCAAAGGUCUCAUCGGUCGAAAGGCAGAUUACUACUCCGAUGCAUCCAACAGAUGGGACUUGCUGCGACAUCCUGAACCCUUCGUCUUCUUCCCACCCCAUCUGCCAAUAUACAUCGACACACGGCGAGAAGGCAACAUCCUCCGAUACGCCCGGAGAAGUUGCAACCCCAACAUGUCUAUGAAGAUCUUGAUUGACUCCAGCAACGACUACCACUUCUCUUUCCUAGCGACGCGCGAGAUCAGCCCCGGCGAAGAACUCACAGUCGGCUGGGAUAUCGAUUCUGAGGUCAAGAAACAGCUUCUCAGGGUCGUAACCAACGGUGCCAAAGAAGGGUUUAGGAGGAUACAACCGUGGGUGUCUUGUGUCUUGGCCAACUUUGGAGGCUGCGCUUGCGAUACAUCCAGCGGCAACGAGUGCCUCUUGGAACGCGCUCGUCGCAAUACGAUUACAGAGCCGGCUACACUGAAGACCAAGGGCAAGAAGGUCAAAAAGUCACAGAUCUCUCCAAUGAGUACAGGCCACGCAACCAACAGCCGUGCUGGUAGCGAAACAGUCAACCGCGAGGCUGUCGACGAAGAUCAAAUGGACGCUCGCUCUACGUCUGGCUCACACAAAUCCAGCAGUCGUGACAUCACACCAGCAACUCACUUCUCAUUGGAAGGCGACAAACUUUCCGAGCGCGAAAAGAGAAAGAUCCAGCACCAAGAACUCCUGUUCCAGAAGCUUGAUCACGAUGAGCACAAAGGCAAAAGGAAACGGACUAGUGCUGGAUCGAACCUGAACACGCCGAGCAUCUCUUCCUCGAGACGACUCGGACACCCCGAACCUUCGCCGUCGGCACGGCACCGCGAACACAGUCACGGUGUAGCACGUAAAACGUCAGGUAGCUCUACAAAGACAAAUGGCCGUCCUCCACCCCGUCCGAAGCCUGUCUAUGUCGAUGCGUCGACGCAAACGAUGGAAGACAACGCAAAAUCCCAGAUCUGCAUCAAGCCACGCCAAAUGAAACCACCACUUUCAUUCAAGCGUAAGCUUUUGCAGCAAGCGCAAGAAGACAAGUUGCAGCGCGAGCGAAUGCGGUCGACGUCCGUUAAAGUGGAGGCCAAAUCACCAGCUUUGAAGGACGUAUCGUCGAACAAGCCGUCGCCGCUGCCCCCAUCUCCACCGCUCGAGGAGCCCACAGCGAUGGACAUUUCUACCGACCCCGUACCCGAUACAAGACACAAAGAGCUCACACCAGCAAAGGAGCCUACACCGCAGCCUACGGUCGACGUGGAGAUGACCGAACCCGAGGACACAAGUCCCAAGGCCUCCGACCCAAAACAAGAGGAAGCACCUGAGAUGACUGCACCAGAGCCUCCCAAGGAAGCUCCACAACCAUCGAUACAACCGCCCGAUCCUCCGUGGUCAGCUUCGACGCCCGCUGAACCAUCGCCCAAGUCCACCACCGGUCUCACACCAAAGACUGCAGACCUACACGUCGAAAUGCCCUCGAAGCUUGAUUUUGGCAACACUAGCAGCAACCGCGCCGUUACACCUGGAUCGACUUCGUCUGUUCUCAACGAGAGCGCAGUCGCGCAAUCACCAGGCAUCUCAAUGAUUGCAUCGCCUUUCUCGCCUGCCGUUAACAACGCCGUCAAGCCUGCGCCGGCACGCAAGAAGCUCAGUCUAAGUGACUACACCAACCGCAACCGAAAAACCAAGCUGGCGCAAACGCAGUCGACUGGCUCGAACGCUACCCCUCCACUGGCCCAAUCGCAAUCAACCAGCUCACCCACGUUAUCGACGGCUAGCCUGCCCAAUACCAACUCACCACCACCCAAGGCUGUCGAACCGAUCCUCCCACCAGUUGCCGAGGAGGCGAAGCCGUCUGAGGUAUCCGUCGCGCCUACUAUGACGACUACCUCCACUUCGACAUGA